UGCAGUCCAAGGGACUCACAGGAGUCUUCUCCAGCACCAGAGUUCAAAGGCCUCCAUUCUUUGGCGCUCAGCCUUUUCUUAUCGUCCAACUUUCACAGCCAUCCAUUGCAACUGGGAAAACCGUAGCCUUGACUAUAUGCACUUUGGUUAGCAGGGUGAUAUCUCUGCUUUUUUCUCUGCUUUUUCAUAUGCUGUCUAGAUUUGCCAUAGCUUUCCUCCCCAGGAGCAAGCGUCUUAAUUUCUUAGCAACUGCAUCUUACAAACAUCAAAUAAAUCAAAUAAAUUUCCCACCGCCCAGUCAGAGGUGAAGAAGCUUCUUGGAUGAGAAAUGAAACAUCUUCAAAAGAAAAACGAAAGUCCAGUUGCCUCCUAAAAAAAAGCAUCUUUGGGACAUCUAUCCAACUGCCCCUCUGAAAUUCCAACAAUUUGCAUUCACCCUCAUGUGAUUUUUGUUUAUCCUGUUGCCAUGCAUCACUGCAAGUAAUGCAAUGAGCUGUAGUCGCAAAAGCAAGAUUUCAUAAGGGUGAAUGUGAAAAAGAGAAAAAGAAUUUUAAAAGAAUUUUUUUUAAAAUUAGGGCCACUUUAUUAGGUGGGCAUUUGCUCCGCUGCGAAUAAUUACAGAAAUUGGGUAAUGCAAAUAGAUUUGCAGUUGGGAGAUGUAGUGUAAAACAUCUGGCAACAUUGGCAUUCUGAUUCUGGCAUUCUGAUUGUAUAAAAUAUUUAAAAAGUCACGACUUUGGUGGCUACAAUAUCUAAAUCAGUCGGUUUAGGAAUACUAGGAAUUCUGGAGACUAAUUUCCCUGGCAAUCAACCAGAUUGCAAAUAGCUAAGACUAUCUGGGGAAAAAAAAUAGCACAUCCUCUAUGGUUUCUUGUUCCUAUGGCAACUGUCCGGGUCCGUGAUGUCACCUCCGGUCCUGCCUUCCUGCUUUCUCCACGAUAGAGCGGAUCUUAUGUUCGCCGCCUCCUUUCUCCCUCCCCUUUUUUAUAAUUGGUACGUCCCAUCUCCGCCGCCUGAAUACCGGCACGAAGGCGAGCGCAUUCCAGGAAAAGGGGGGCGGGCGGGGAGAAAUUACGGAGUUUGAACCAAGCAGGCGAGCCAGAAGCAGGAGGGAUCGGAUGCCACCCAGAUCCUUCUGAAAAAUGCUCGGAUUCUUAAAGCAGCCGAUUGUCUUUUCGGUGGAAAUCAAUGUCAACCUGGUGGUUUUGACUGUAGUCGGGUUGAUCAGCCGGCUGUGGGCUCUGUCCUACCCCAGAGCUGUAGUUUUUGAUGAAGUUUACUACGGCCAGUUCCUCUCCUUGUACAUGAAGCGGAUAUUUUUCAUAGAUGAUAGUGGGCCGCCGUUCGGCCACAUGCUUUUCGCUUUGGGAGGUUAUUUAGGGGGAUUUGAUGGAAAUUUCUUGUGGAACAGGAUAGGAGCAGAAUACAGCUCCAAUGUGCCCAUCUGGGCUUUGCGGCUGCUACCAGCUGUAGCUGGUGGCUUAUGUGUUCCCUUGGCGUACCAAAUCCUGGUUGAGUUACAUUUCACCCAUCUCGUUGCCCUGGGUGCUGCCGUCCUGAUUUUACUCGAAAAUUCACUAAUUACUCAAUCCAGGUUGAUGCUGCUGGAGUCAAUUUUAAUUUUUUUCAUCCUGCUGGCAGUUUUAUCUUAUCUGAAAUUUCACAACACGCAGAAACAAAGCCCUUUUUCUGCAAGAUGGUGGAUUUGGCUGUUACUAACGGGGAUCUCCUGUUCCUGUGCAGUUGGGGUGAAAUAUAUGGGCCUCUUCACUUACCUCCUCAUUCUGAGCCUGGCGGGGAUCCAUUCCUGGCAACUGAUUGGCGAUCGCUCCUUGUCCAACGUCUCCCUGCUGGGGCAUUUCUUGGCCCGGGGUUUAGCUCUCCUCAUCCUCCCGGUCGCUCUCUACCUCUCGUUUUUCUACAUCCACUUGGUUUUGUUGUAUCGAUCCGGUCCCCACGAUCAAAUCAUGAGCAGCGCCUUUCAAGCUAGCUUAGAGGGAGGGCUUUCUCGCAUCACUCAGGGGCAGCCCUUGGAAGUGGCUUAUGGUUCCCAGAUUACUUUGAGGAAUAUCUUGGGCAAACCUUUACCAUGUUGGCUUCAUUCCCACCGGAAUACCUACCCCAUCAGGUACGAAAACGGACGGGGCAGUUCCCAUCAGCAACAGGUGACGUGUUACCCUUUUAAGGAUGUGAACAACUGGUGGAUCAUCAAGGAUCCUGGAAGGCAGCAGCUGGUAGCUAGCAACCCGCCACGGCCUGUGAGACACGGCAACAUUGUGCAACUGGUCCAUGGGAUCACAACCCGCUACCUGAACACGCAUGACGUGGCUGCACCCCUCAGCCCGCACUCCCAAGAGGUAUCCUGUUACAUCGAUUACAACAUUUCCAUGCCCGCUCAGAAUCUCUGGAGAGUGGAAAUUGUGAAUCGCGACUCGGAUAAUGAGAUUUGGAAAACGAUCCUGUCCGAAGUCAGACUGGUCCACGUCAACACGUCGGCCGUGUUAAAGCUGAGCGGAGCUUCUCUCCCCGAGUGGGGGUACCGACAACUGGAGGUGAUUGGCGAGAAGAUCUCCAAGGGGUACCACCAAAGCAUGUUGUGGAACGUGGAGGAACACCGAUAUGGGAAAAGCCAUGAGCAGAAAGAGAGAGAGGUGGAAUUGCAUCUGCCCACUCAGAUCAACAUUAGCCAAAAUCUCACCUUCGUUGCCAAGUUCACCGAACUGCAGUGGAAGAUCCUUACCCUGAAAAACGAGGACACGGAACAUAAAUACAGCUCCUCUCCCUUGGAUUGGAUCACCCUGGAGACCAACAUUGCUUACUGGUUCCAUUCCAGCUCAGGGGCACAAAUUCACCUUCUGGGCAACCUCGUCAGCUGGACAUCGGCCAACGUAGCUACCAUCGUCUACGUGGCUUUGUUCCUUGGGUACCUGCUCCGGCGGCGGCGGAAUAUCCGGGAUAUCCCUGAAGAGCCUUGGCAGCAGUGGCUCCUGGCCGGGGUCUGCGUGGGCGGAUGGGCCGCGAACUACCUGCCUUUCUUCCUGAUGGAGAAGAACCUCUUCCUUUACCAUUACCUGCCGGCCGUCACGUUCCAAAUCCUCCUGAUCCCCGUCAUUCUGCAGCACGCCAGCGACUUCCUUUGCAGAUCCAGGCUCUCCAAGAGCAUGCACGGCGCUUUGGUGGUGGCCUGGAUGUCUUCUGUCUACCUGACGUACCACACGUUCAGCCCACUUACCUACGGAGAUCCGGCACUCUCAAAAUCGGAGUUACAAGCUCUACGUUGGAAGGAUAGCUGGGACAUUUUGAUCCGCAAACGCUGACCAAGCCCGAGAAACGGACGGCGGAGAGAAUGUCGGUGACGGGACGACCAAGAAAAGGAGGAAAAAACAUCUGAACUAGACAGUUCUUCCAUUUUGGACCGGUUCUGUUAAUCCCAGAAACAGUAUUGUCGAAAUGGAAAUGGCUGCAGAAUGGAUUUGGGGGGUGGUUUCCAACACUCACUCUCUCCCACCCCCCUUAUUAUGAAUAAGUAAUGUACAGGAUAGUAAUAAUAAAAAGGAGGUUUUUAGAGAUGAUAUUGUGAAUAACAAUAGUUAUAAAGAUGAUUACACUGGGAUUAACAGUGAAAGAAUUGGGGAAUAUGGGGUACAAUAGAAAAGUCCAGGACUUUGAUUUAUAAAAUAAUUAUAUUGAGAUUAAUAAUGAGAUUAAUAGAAAUAUGAGAAUAUGUUACAGAUACUUAAAAUUGAAAUAUGGAUGGAAGCUUUAAUAUAUGAGAAAUAGACUAUGUUAAAAGAAAAUGUAUCAAUCGACAUAAUGAAUCAAUGUUUAUUAUGAUGUUAUAUGGUAUUGAGAAUAAUUGAUGCCUAAAAAAAUUGGGAUAUUGUUCAAAUAUCUAUAACAAUGGUAAUAAUUUGAAUAGUUUCAAUAACUUUAAUAUUUUAAUAUUUUCAGUAUUUUUGAUAAUAUAUCUAAGCAAAAAAGAAAAGAAAGUGAAAUAAUAUAGGACUAUGAAUUACAAAUAAGAAUUACUUAAACUGGCUUAUAUAAAUGAGACGAUUACAGAGAUGGAAUUGUGGGAAAUAAUUGGAAAUUGUAUUGUAGUUCUAUUUGAAUUAAGAAUUAGGUUUCAAUGGUAAAUUGCUAUAUUUUUGGGAUUAGAGAUAGGAUCUAAGUUUGGUGAAGUAAUAAGGAAAUAAAGAUUUAAUGAGCAUUAUACGAAGCAACCAUAAAUGUGGGGAAGUUUUAGAGAGGGAAAUAAGAUUUUUGAAAUAUAAACAUGUUUGAUUUGUAUUGUUAAUUGUGAGGAUUUAGGCCAAGAAUUGUGAAAUGUAAUAUGAGUUAUGAAUUGAAUCGUGACUUAAAGUGGGUUAAUAGAAGGGUAAUUGUUUUGAUUAAAUAAAUAAAAAGAGUAAACUUUUGAUAAGAUGGUAAUAGGGGAGAUAGGUGAUUCAAGGUUAAGUAUUGUUAAUUGUGAGGAUUUAAGGUAAGAAUUAUGAAAUGUACUAUUAAUUAAGACUAGCCACUGUUAAUACAUUCACAAUCAGAUAUCUCAAUUCUCUAUUAUAUAUUUCAGGUACAAUCCCCAAUAAAAAAAAAUCUCUGGUUUAAAAUCUA